CAAAAUACCGAAAAUAACAAAAAUAAAAACAACGGAGCAGCAACAGCCUCACACAUACAUACACACGCGGGAAUUUUUUCGGGCCUCGCUUAGCGCGCGUGUGUGUGUGUGUUGCAGUUGCAUAGUUUUUGCUUCUUUUAUUUUUUUUUUUGUUGUUUUGUACUGGAAUUUUGUCUUCUCCCUCUCUCUGUGUGGAAAACGGAGAGAGCGCGCGCAACGUUUUCCGCAGAAUUAUUUUUAAGCGUGUGUGUUUAUCAUUAAAACUACAAUUUUUUUUGGUUCUUGUGCAGUUGAGAUUUGAAUUUUACCCCCGCAAAAUACAAAAGGCAAUCAAACGAAGGAUUAUAAAGUCAAAAAAUCGAAAGAAGAUUCGAUCUUCACACACACAAAACAACACACCACAGCACACACACAACAAACACACACCAUGUUCACCGAAAAGGGAAUCUUUCCCAUUGGAGACGGACUUCUGGACGUGGACGCCGAUCGGCUAAAGGGACUUCUCGUGUCGUGUCACGACAUCAACGAGAUCUACGAGGUGGAACAGACGCCGUUUGCCAGGGGCAAAUUCGCCGCCGUUCGCCGCGCCAUCCACAAGAACACGGGCUCGCACUUCGCGGCCAAGUUCCUGAAGCGGAGGCGCCGGGCGCAGAGCAGCGACAAGGAGAUCAAGCACGAGAUCGCGGUGCUGAUGCUCUGCGAGGGCGAGGACAACAUCGUCAACCUCAACGCCGUCCACGAGACGCGCUCGGACACAGCACUCCUGCUGGAGCUGGCCACUGGUGGUGAGCUGCAGACGAUCCUGGACAACGAGGAGUGCCUGACGGAGGCGCAGGCCCGCCACUGCAUGCGCGAGGUGCUCAAGGCGCUGAAGUUCCUGCACGACCGCUCCAUUGCCCACUUGGACCUCAAGCCGCAGAACAUCCUGCUCGCCGGCGAGCGCAUUGAAGAUGGAUUGAAGCUGUGCGACUUUGGCAUCUCGCGGGUGGUGUGCGAGGGCAUCAACGUGCGGGAAAUGGCUGGCACACCCGACUACGUGGCCCCCGAGGUGCUGCAGUACGAGCCGCUGUCCCUGCUGACGGACAUCUGGUCGGUGGGCGUGCUCACCUACGUGCUGCUGUCCGGAUUCUCGCCCUUCGGCGGCGACACCAAGCAGGAGACCUUCCUCAACAUCUCGCAGUGCGCCCUCACCUUCCCGGACAACCUCUUCGGCGGCGUCUCGCCGGUGGCCAUCGACUUCAUCCGUCGCGCAUUGCGAAUUAAGCCAAACGAUCGCAUGAAUGCCGCCGGCUGCUUGGAGCACGUCUGGCUAAAGGACGACUGUUCCCUGGACAGACAGAUCUAUCUGCAGCCCCAGAGCGAUGCCGAGGAGGAAGAGGAGGAGGAGGAGGACGACGACGACGAUGACGAUGACGAGGAAGUGGAGGAUGAAGAGGAGCCCGUCGAGGCGCCGGAAGAGGAGGUGGAGGAGCAGACCGUGGAGGAGCCAGCGUCAGAGCCAACCCAUCAGCAGCAGCAGCAGCAGCAACAACAGCUGCAGCAUCAGCAGCAGCAACAACAGCUGCAGCAGCAACAGCAGCAACAACAACAGCAGCACCAUCAUCAGCUGGCCAAAUCCGGCAGCAAUAGCAAACCGACGCACAAUGGCCACCAUCGGGCGAAUAGCAGCGGCAGCAUCUCCAAGAUACCCAUUGCCACCAGCAAGCUGCUGAGCAGUCCCAGCUCGGAGACCACCACGGCCAUCCACACGCUGACCAGCAACAGCAUCGGCAAUAGCAACAGCAUCGGCAACAGCAACAGCAAUAAGCCCACCCAGAUUGUGACGCCGACGCGACGAGCCUCGGAUUCGGACAAGGAGAACACAUACACGGCCACGUUUGUGAAGAAACCGGUGGCCACCAUUCAGCUGGGCAGCUCCAAUGGCAUCGACGAUGCCACAGUGGUGGCCACACUCACCCUCUUUCCCGAUGCCCCCACCACGCCCAAGGUGAUCCGCAAGACGCCCUCGGGCGAAUCGAAUGGCUCGGCCACGUCCGUCAAGGCUCUGGUCAAGAAGUUCCAGCUGGAGGACUCGGUGGGUUCGGCAUCCAUGUGCCGACGCAGUGGGGGAUCGGCGGUGAACGGCAGCAGCUGCAGCAGCAGUGGCUUGCAUUCGCCCACGUCGACGACGACGACGACGACGAGGAUGAACAGUAUACGUCGGGCAUCGGAGCCGCUUACCACGGUCUACAAGAAGCAGCAGCAGCAGCAGCAGAUGCCACAGAAUGGAUGCAGUGGGAGUCCAAGUCCUGGCAGCAGUCCUAACUCCGGCAGCACCGCCACCCUGCUGAUCCACAGCCAGCGUUUGGCCAGCAGUACGGCUCCAGCAACAGCAUUAGCAACCGCAACAGCAACAGCCACAGCCACCUCCUCUGCCAGCAACAGUAGCUCCAGCUCCAACUCCAGCUCAGGGAAGACAGCGAGUAAUGCAGCCGCCCAUCAUCUGCACCACCAUCACAUGCACCACCAUCACCAUCAUCACCACCAUCAUGUGGUGAUUGCGGCCAAGAAUGCCGCCGCCGUGGCCGCCACCAACAACCUGAGCCUGGACCAGGGUAUCAUCUGUUAG